AUGGCUGAAAAGACCGCUACUGAGGCUGCUGACCUCAAACCCGUCGUGGAACGGUGGCCGGAGUACAUUCCGAACAAGCUCCCCAACAAGAACUAUGUGCGUGUAUUGGACACGACGCUCCGCGACGGCGAACAAGCUCCCGGUGGAUCGCUUACUCCACCGCAGAAGAUAGAGAUUGCCCGGCAGCUCUUUAAACUCCGAGUAGACAUAAUGGAAGUUGGUUUUCCGGCAACAUCUGAGGAAGAGUUCGAAACCAUCAAAACCAUCGCCAAGACCGUGGAUGAGGAAACAGGUUACGUCCCCGUUAUAGCUGUCAUCGCACGAUGCAAACAUAGCGACAUUGAGGCCGCUUGGGGGUCAGUGAAGUACGCGAAGAGGCCGAGGGUAAUCAUAUUCGCAUCUACUAGUGACAUUCAUAUGAAAUAUAAAUUGAAAAAGACUAAAGAAGAGGUCAUCGAGAUGGCCGUAAGUAGUGUUAAGUUUGCUAAAAGCUUAGGCUUCAAAGACAUCCAACUUGGUUGCGAAGAUGGCGGCAGGUCGGAGAAAGAGUUCCUAUGCAAGAUUCUAGGAGAAGGGAUAAAAGCGGGUGCAACCACGGUUGGCAUCGCGGACACGGUAGGGAUCAACAUGCCUGUUGAAAUUGGAGAACUCGUGAGUUACGUCAUAGCAAACACUCCUGGAAUGGAUGAAUGUGUCUUCGGCAUUCACUGUCACAACGACCUUGGUGUUGCUACCGCCAACACAUUAUCCGCUAUCUGUGCGGGAGCAAGACAUAUCGAAGUAACAAUCAACGGAAUAGGUGAAAGAAGUGGGAAUGCGCCCCUUGAAGAGGUUCAAGAAUAUAGCGGCUUGUAUGUUCAACCACAUAAGCCCAUAGUUGGAGACAACUGUUUUCUCCAUGAGAGCGGCAUUCACCAGGAUGGAAUUCUGAAGAACCGGAGUACAUACGAGAUCUUAUCACCAGAAGAUGUUGGGAUUGUAAAAUCUGAAAAUUCGGGCAUUCAACUUGGAAAGCUUAGUGGACGCCACGCUGUGAAAGGUCGGCUAAAAGAGUUGGGAUACGAAAUAGAUGAUGGGAAAUUAAACGACAUCUUUUCACGGUUCAGGGAUUUAAACAAGCAGAAAAAGAGAAUUACGGAUGAUGAUCUCAAGGCAUUAGUAACGUGCUGA